UCUAAACACCGUUAUUCAAGGGCGAGGGUGGCAUCUAAUUCUCACAGCUCGCGACGACUCCAAGCCUCCCACCGCACUCUUGACAAAGCGCUCAACAUUCGCCGGAUGGUCUAGGUUUUUUAUGUACUCGACCUACUACCAGAGCUGUGUGCCCGGCAGAUAUAGCUCUCCGUUCUCUCAUCCACCCUUUCCUCAACCCCUGCAUAUCUCCACCGCCUUCAACUGCGCCCUGCAGCCCAUUCUCAGCCUGCAAAGUUAUCCUUUCCACCAACAUCGACCGAUAUAGCAACCCGAUUGUACAACCCUUGCUGACGCGCCGGCAUCUGCCCGCACCACCGUCGUCGCCAUGUCCUUCCUCGAGAAUGCCUACAGCUUAGUCCACCAGGACAAUGCCGCCGACGUUCCCAGCAUGUCCGAGCUCCGGACACAGCUCGAAAAGGGCACCGACGAGAGCAAAGUCGAAACAAUGAAGCGGAUCCUCACCGUCAUGCUCAAUGGUGACCCAAUGCCGCAAUUGCUCAUGCACAUCAUCCGAUUCGUCAUGCCUUCCAAGCACAAGCCUCUCAAGAAGAUGCUCUACUUCUACUACGAGAUUUGUCCCAAGCUCGAUUCCACCGGCAAGCUGAAGCAGGAGAUGAUUCUGGUUUGCAACGGCAUCAGGAACGAUCUUCAGCAUCCGAACGAGUACAUCCGCGGCAAUACCCUCCGCUUCCUUUGCAAACUCCGCGAGCCCGAACUCAUUGAGCCCCUCCUGUCUUCUGCAAGGCAAUGUCUCGAGCACCGUCACGCCUAUGUCCGGAAGAAUGCCGUCUUCGCCGUCUCGUCCAUCUACCAACACUCUCCUUCCCUUAUCCCUGAUGCCUCCGACCUCAUCAGCACCUUCCUCGACGCCGAAUCCGACGCCACAUGCAAGCGGAAUGCCUUCGCCGCCCUCGCCGCCAUUGACCAUGACAGGGCUUUGCUACACCUCAGCUCGGUGUUCGAGGGGAUCCCCAAUGCCGAGGAGCUUCUGCAGCUUGUCGAGCUGGAGUUCAUUCGCAAGGAUGCUGUGAAGAACUCCCAGAAUAAGGCCCGGUACCUCCGCCUUAUUUUCGAUCUUCUCGAAGCGAGCACGUCGACUGUUGUAUACGAGGCCGCCUCGUCUCUGACAGCCCUCACCAAUAACCCCGUCGCCGUCAAGGCCGCUGCAGCCAAGUUUAUCGAGCUUAGCAUCAAGGAGGCCGACAACAACGUCAAGCUCAUCGUUCUCAACCGUGUCGAUCAGCUGCGCAGGAAGAAUCCAGGUGUCCUGGAUGACCUGGCCAUGGAGAUUCUGCGUGUUCUGUCCAGCCCUGAUAUCGAUGUUCGGAGGAAAGCGCUCGACAUUGCUCUCGACAUGGUGUCCAGCAAAAACGUCGAAGAAGUCGUGCUGCUUCUCAAGAAAGAGCUGUCCAAGACCGUCGACCAGGAAUACGAGAAGAGCACCGAGUACCGCCAGCUUCUGAUCCACGCCAUUCACCAAUGCGCCAUCAAGUUCUCCGAGGUGGCGUCCAGCGUGGUCGAGCUGCUCAUGGACUUUGUGUCCGAUUUCAACAGGGCGUCUGCCGUCGAUGUUAUCAACUUCGUCAAGGAAGUCGUCGAGAAGUUCCCGCAGCUGCGCAAGCCCAUGGUGCAGAGGCUGGUGGCCACAUUGGGCGAAGUCCGGGCUGGUAAGGUGUACCGAGGCAUCAUGUGGAUCAUUGGCGAAUACUCCCUCGACGAGGACGACGUCCGGGAGGCGUGGAAGAGGAUACGCGCUAGUCUCGGCGAAAUCCCCAUUCUCGCAUCGGAACAGCGGUUGCUGGACAGCGCCGACGAAGGCGACGAGGACAAGGAGCAGCUCAACGGGCAUCAUCCCAAGCCGGCGGCGCCUUCUGGCUCUCGGAAGGUCCUCGCAGACGGUACCUACGCCACCGAGACGGCCCUCACGAGCGAGUCUUCGGCGGCCGCCAAGCUGGAAGCCGUCAAGUCGGCGCAGAAGCCGCCUCUGCGUCAGCUCAUCCUCGACGGCGACUACUACCUCGCGACCGUACUGGCCGCCGCCUUGGUCAAGCUCGUCAUGCGGCACUCGGACAUGUCGACCGACGAGGCUCGCACCAACGCCCUCCGGGGAGAGGCCAUGCUCAUCAUGAUCUCCAUCGUGCGCGUGGGCCAGUCCCAGUUCGUCAAGGCGCCCAUCGACGAGGACUCGGUCGACCGGAUCAUGUCGUGCGUGCGGUCCCUGGCCGAGUUCACGCAGCACAAGCAGCUCGAGACGGUCUUCCUCGACGACACGCGCAAGGCGUUCCGCGCCAUGGUGCAGGCGGAGGAGAAGAAGCGGGCGGCGAAGGAGGCGGUCGAGAAGGCCAAGACGGCCAUCCAGGUCGACGACGUGGUGCAGAUCCGCCAGCUGUCCAAGAAGAACGCCACGGACGGCGUCGACGAGCUCAACCACGACCUGGAGCGGGCGACGGGCGCCGAGGGCACGGCCGAGGACCUCAGCUCCAAGCUGAAUCGGGUGGUGCAGCUGACGGGUUUCUCGGACCCCGUCUACGCCGAGGCCUACGUCACCGUGCACCAGUUCGACAUUGUGCUCGACGUGCUGCUGGUCAACCAGACGACCGAGACGCUGCAGAACCUGUCGGUGGAGUUUGCUACGCUGGGCGACCUCAAGGUGGUGGAGCGGCCGACGACGCAGAACCUGGGCCCGCACGACUUCCACAACGUGCAGUGCACCAUUAAAGUGUCCUCGACCGACACGGGCGUCAUCUUCGGGAAUGUGGUGUACGACGGCGCGCACUCGACCGACACCACCGUCGUCAUUCUGAAUGACGUCCACGUCGACAUUAUGGACUACAUCCAGCCGGCGACGUGCACGGAGACGCAGUUCCGCACCAUGUGGACCGAGUUUGAGUGGGAGAACAAGGUCAACAUCAACUCCAAGGCCAGGUCGCUGCGGGAGUUCCUGGAGCAGCUCAUGGCCGCCACCAACAUGAACUGCUUGACGCCGGAAGCGAGCAUGAAGGGGGACUGUCAGUUCUUGAGCGCCAACCUCUAUGCCCGGAGCGUGUUUGGCGAGGACGCACUCGCGAAUCUGAGCAUCGAAAAGGAGGGCGAAGACGGCCCCAUCACCGGCUUCGUGAGAAUAAGGAGCCGCUCCCAGGGUCUGGCGCUCAGCCUCGGGUCUCUCAAGGGUAUCAACAAGAUCGGCGUCUCGGCGUAGAAGGAGGUAUCAUCGCCGUUGGGGAGGAGGAUCUUGGCCAGAUGACAACCACAACGCCCGUUCUUCCUUUUUCUUCUUCUUUCUUCUUUCUUCCUUUUGUUACUCCUUGCAGUAUGUUAGUACGCUUAAUGAAUAUGUCCUGCAACAAAAGUAUACGGGAGAGGGGAAGGCGUCGCGUGGCCUUUUUCGGAAGAAGCGGUAUGGUAGCCUGCGGACGAUCUUCCGGUGAGAAGCAAGAUGGAUCUUGGCGAAGAAAAAGAAAAAUGGCGAGACGAGUAGCAUGGCAUGGGGCAACGUGAAGGGUGCUGAUGAGGAUGAUCCGUUUGGCAG